GAGGACGCCUUCCACCAAGCCCUCGACCCUCCUAGUCCCGGCGGAGAGCGCCCGGAGCACCGGGAGGUCCCUUUUACGGACAGUAACCUGAGGCCCCUACAGACCGCGCGUUGGCCCGCCUCCGUUUCUGCCUCUGCCGGGCUGCGCGCGGGAGGCCGGCUCCAAGACCGGAACUCGGCCCAGUUGCCAGGGAAACGCGUUCCCGGCUACCAUGGCGACCAGAGUGUUUGCGGGGCCCGGUGGCAGAGGCCGGGGCAGCUCCGGACAGUGCGCUCCUCAGCGCGCCUGGGCCCCUGGAGAGCCACCAUGGCCAAACUGCUAAAUACACCUCCCAAAUUCCUGGGCCCAGAGUGGCACAUCUCUAACAAGAACCAGUACAACAGCGCCGAAGCUCAGCGCUCUAGGUCUGAGCGGCUCGUGGCUGAGAGCCAGAGGCUUGUGGAUGAAAUUGAGAAGACCACCCAGAGGACGCAAAGUGAUGUCAACAAGAAGAUAGAGCAAAGACUUGACGAAAUAAAGUUCUGGAAGAAGGAAUUGGAUGACAAACUCGAUCAGCUUCUAAAGGAGACCGAAGCGCUGUUCUCGUUUAAGACGAGGCUGGAGAAGGCCAUUGAGAAAUACCAAGAGCCCUUGUUCAUUAUCCACAAGUGUAUCGAGUACCGGGACAAACGCUUUGGGAUCGACCUGGUGCGUGAUGAGGUGGAGCGGGAGCUGUACAAGGAGGCCGAGGUCUUGCAGGGGGUCCUAGCCCUGCUCCAGCGCACCCUGGAAGAGACGGGGGAGCAGCUCAGGUUGAACCGAGCCUCCAGGUACAACCUGGAGAAGGAUCUGGAGGACAAAUGCGUGGCUCUGACCAUUGAGGAUUUCUGCUCGACACUCACCAACAACAACCCCGACAUCUGUUAUGCCAACAACCCUGUCCGGAUCGAGCCCAACUCGGUGAGCGUGGACGACUGGGUGGAGUUCUCCAACAUGAACGUGGAGAAGGCGGACCAGCAGAGGAACAACUCGCUGGCCCUGGAGGCGCUCAUCGACCGGAUCCUGUCCCAGACGGCCAACGACCUGCGCAAGCAGUUCGAGGCGGUCAAUCAGGCCUUCCAGACCCAGAUCAGAGAAACCAAAGAGGCCAAGGAGAAGCUGAGCACCCACCUGACCAAGGUAGGCGGCGCGGCGCGGCCUCCGCUUCAGCACCCCGGCCAGCGCGCU